AUGAUUUACAAUAUAUUGUCGUAUAUCUCACAUACUACUUCCCUUUUCCGACUUCAUUCCAGAAUUACUAAGAAUAUUCAAACUAACUUUAUAUAUACACAUCAUCGGUCUCUAAUUUGCUUGAAACCUCUUAGCAACUAUCAACAAUUUUCUUCUGCACUCUCUGCUAAAAAUCAACAUUCGCUCAAAUAUCGAAGACGGAGAGAACAUAGAAGAAGAAGGAGAAGAAAGAAACCUUCUCGCGUUUGCGACAGUGUGUUAAUCUAA